CCCUCUUUACCUUGAUCCCUUAGAUACAGGAUCAGAUUAGAAAUUGCGACGGCGAGGUAACCUCAAUACAAAAAUACACUACAUAUCACAUACACUUGAAAAAGGUGCUGGGUGCAUGAUGGAAAGUAGUGCUAGGACAUGAAACAUGUAUGCAUAUCGUUUCUGGAACAAAUUGCUUCUCAGAUCGGGGCCCCGAAAAACAAAAGGGAGCACAUAUUUUACUAGUUAAUAUUUCUUUUACACCUUCUCCGCUAAUAACUAUACAUACGUCAAAAUGAGACCCAUAUAAUAAUCCACCCCUCCACCCACUCUACGCUAAAAGCUGAAGGUCUCUCUCCUCUCCGACACGCAACCCUAACAAAGCUACGUCCAUGUCCAUGUUGGUUGUUCUUGAAGAUUGAUAUCGCCCCGAAAGAAAGUUGGUCAAGCUCAUUAGCUCCGCUACGAGUCAUGCGUUGAACAGCGGCGACGCUGGGUUGACCCAAAAUAAUUUGACCACUUGGUCCCCUCAUUGCGUCACAGUGGUUCUCUCCGAGUUAUGCAUACAAGUCUCUCCACGCCAUUCUGUCACUUGUCCUCUCGCCCAUUCCACCUCGACGCCCAUUUCCCUCUCAGUCCGGUUCGUGAGACCCACUUCUUCCUUUCUCUCUCGUCCCAAUAAAGUCGUAACAACCGACAAUAAAUACAUCAUCAUGGAGUGGAAAGACACCGGUCAAUUAUUAUUCGCAAUCACGACAUGUGACGAAGAACUGUAAUCUGUAGUAGUGCGGCCUGUAAUUAGUUGUCAUCAUCAAUAAUGAACAUCACCAUCAUCCUCCCUGCGGUGCAGGUGGUUAAGAGGGAGUUGACCACCUCGCCACAACCGACGACGACCCCUUUCCCCCCGGUAAGCGUGACGCCCUCCACGUCCGGCAGUGUGACGUCCGAGUAUCAAGAAAUCUUGGAGGAGUAUCACCACCACGAGACGACUCAUCUCCAUCAUAAUCAUCUCUCCCAGUCGAGAAUUGAUCACAUUGCGGCACGACAGGCCGCCUAUGAUGAAGAGUUUGAGCAACAAUUGCUCCGAAGGGAGCAAGCCUUCUCGCCCGCGAAGUCUAUUCCCAUCGACUUGGAGGAGGAGGAGGAAGAAUUGCAGAUAAUCUCGUCCAGAAUUUCCAGCGGGCAUUUCACCACGGAGAGUACUUCAUCCCCUGAAACGGUGAGGACGGCUGUUAUACGAUCACCACCUAAACAAAGUGGUGCGACGAGGGACGAGGGCCAGGAGCGGAGGGGACAAAAUGAUACGAGAAUUGAGGAGGAACCCUCGUUGCGAUCAACAUUCGUAGAGAAAUCUUUACAUGAGACUGAUCAUGAGACUGAAAUCGUAAAUCAGGGAGGAGAAAGAAGUUUGGCAGGGUUGAAAGAGGGAGAAGAAAAUUAUGAUCAAAAUUCAUCGGAGGAUGCUCAAGUCACCACCCUUGACGGCAGUGAGAAGAAAGAAGACGUAAGAAAUGGCAUGGACGAAGUAAUGACUCAACAAGACAUUCUGGACGAACUGGAGGAGCUUAUCAUCAUCAAGGAGGAGGAAGGAAGGGACGGCAAGCCUCACAUCGUCAUCACAACCCAGGGUCCUGACCACAUUGCCGAGCUGGAUGACGACGAUGGGAACGAAUACGAGAGGAAAGCUGUCAACAAAUUCAACACGGGUGACGACGUUGGGGGAAAGUUGGACAAGGAGGAGGAAAACGAAGGUGAGAUUGAAACCCAUUCUUCCACUACUGCGCUACCUGACUCGCAAGACAAGGCUGACGAGGAGAAAGAACAAGAUAACUCGACGACUCAUCAACAAGUAAGAAAGUCAUCCGUACCGCAAGAUGAUCAUGCCCCGACGAGUACAACAACUUCGAGACCUGUCCUACGUCGGCAAAGUAGGCAAAUAUUUGACCCUGAUGUGAUACCUACGUCACCCCCGACGAAGUCCGACACCAGAAGAGCGUCAACCCACUCGGACGAUGACGAUGAGGCAAAGUAUCAAACAAAUGAGAAGAAAAGACAAUCAAUCUCAAAACAACGGGACGAUUUUACCCCGUAUUCAGACACAGAGAGUAAUGAAAGCAAUAAUACUGUGAUAGCAGCAUCAGCAAGGGAGGCGACAACUCCUUCUCCCCCACAUCGUACCCAAGAUGAACAAAAGACUAAGAGAACUACUGAAAAAAGACAUUCACUUAAAAAGCAGAGCUCUGAUGGUAACAAUAAUUAUACGACGACGACAACUCCUUCCCCACCCGCGUCUCGAAAGGGUUCCGACACUGUUGGCGAGAAUGUACGGUUAAGUCAGGCUAAACGUAACCCGAUUACUGAUCAUGACAAUCAUGAUGGACGGCAGGAUUCCGUACCUACUUCUCGACGAGGAUCAGAAAAUUUUGAGAAAAGAGAUGAACGCCAGGAUUCCGUACCUUCGUCGCGAAGAGGGUCAGAUAAUUUUGCGAAAAGAGAGGAAUGCCAGGAUUCUGUACCUUCGUCUCGAAAGGGUUCCGACACCGCUGUGGAGAACGUACGGUUAAGUCAGGCUAAACGCGACUCAAUUGCUGACCAUGGUAAUGACGUUGGACGGCAGGGUUCCCUACCUUCGUCUCGACGAGGGUCAGAUAAUGCCGAGAAAAAAGAGGAACACCCUCAUGCUACGAUGGUGAGAGGACAAUCGAUACAAAAACGAGACUCUACUGCUGGCUUACACCAAGGAGAAAGUGGGAAUAAUGAGAAGGCCAACUAUUCUCAAGACGGACACCAAAAGAAGCAAGCUUCACCACCUCACGGGGAGGAAUUUAGGAGGGGAAGAUCUCUAGAAGAGAAUAAGCAAGAGGAGGAAAUUGUUGCAAAAGUCAGAGAGGGGGCAAAGAGAGGAUCGAUUACAGGGCAUCCCGUGGAGAAAGUUUAUGAUGAGGCGACGUCGUCAAGAAGAGCGUCCAAGGCUGAGCCUGCUGGUGACCAUUCGAUACAAAAGCGGGGUUCAUCCGACUCUGAUCAGGAGACUGUUCAAAAGAGAGCUUUGGGUGAGUUGAGUGGGGAAAUGCAUGAUCAAACUGUUGGGAAGUCGCAUUCGAGUGAAGAGAACGUUAGCCAAGAGAAGAAAACUCCUCCGAAAGGACAACCCGUGGUGGUGAGACGGACUUCUGUUGUAAGCCCGACGAAACAGGUAAAUUAUUCUCAGGACAAACAACACCGGUCGCAUCAAUCGCCUCCAAUAAAACAGCAUUCUCCAGAUAAGCAAGGUCACUCUCGAGAUGACCACCAGCAGGUAAAACAUAAUCAGGAGCAUAGUCAGACGACUCAUAAACGGUCGAAUAAUCCACCACCAAAACGGCAAUCGAGUCAACAACGGUCUCCUCCAGGAAGUAAACAUUCUCCAGAAAAUAAGGUUCAACACGGGUCUCAAAAAUCUUUAGAAAAUCAGAACCAACAAAAAUCUCAUCAAUCGAAACAACACAAUUCUCCUGAGAAUCAAACUAGAUCAACGCAGCAACUUCCACCAGCAGAAGGCUCGCAUCAAUCCCCUCCAGAUACUCAAAGUCAGACACGAUCACAUCAGUCUCCUCCGAAACGAGCUCAUCAGUCUCCUCCAGCCAAGCAUUCUCAAGAAAGCUCCCAUCAGUCGCCUCAAGCCCACCAAAAAAUUCAAACCAGGUCAAGUCAAUCCCCUCCAAGGGUAAGUCAUUCUCAAAAUGACCAAAUUCAAGCCCGGUCUCAUCAGUCCCCUCCAAGACACCCCCAUCAGUCCCCACCAAGCCAGGCCCAUCAGUCCCCUCCUAAGCAAAUCCACCAGUCCCCUCCGACGCACACCCACCAAUCUCCGCCAACUCAAGCCCAUCAGUCCCCUCCAGCACACACCCACCAGUCCCCACCAACUCAAGCCCAUCAGUCCCCUCCAGCACACACCCACCAGUCCCCACCAACUCAGGCCCAUCAGUCCCCUCCUAAACAAAUCCAUCAGUCUCCUCCGACGCACACCCACCAAUCUCCACCAACUCAGGCCCAUCAGUCCCCUCCGACGCACACCCACCAGUCUCUACCCUCAAAGAUUUCCCCAGAAAAGCAAAUUCAAGCCCGCUCCCACCCAUCACCUCCAGCAGAAAAAUCACACGACAUUGAGCCGCAUAACCCCCCUCAAGAUAAGGAACACUCUCCAGAGUCUCACCAACAGCAUGGAUCACCUCAGUCCCAACCACCACCACCAACGCCACAACACCAUUCUUCCAAAACUCAACACCAACCAAGCACCGACAAUUUUUCCCCCGAGAAAAAGCAGGAGAUUCAUGCUUCCCCUCCAACAACCCGUUCUUAUGAUGGAAUCCAACACCAGGCUCACGUUCAAUCCCCUCCAGAAAAACAGCACUCUGCAUCAGACCCCCAAAGUCAACCUCUUACACAAUUACCCCCAAUCGUGACACAUUCUUCUGCCGAGAGUCAAACUCCCCCUCAACUUAUCCACUCUCCCCCAACCAAGGAAUCUGCAGGGAGUCAGACGACAUCAACUCAUCAUCCCCACCAUCAAACGUCCCCUCCAACAAUAAAGCAACCCCUCCAGCCCACCAACAACAACAAUCUUGGUCAAAAACCUGGCGACCAUCCAACCCCCAAAGUCCGAACGGCCACAACAACCACCACAUCUCAUCACCCAUCAUCUCACAAACUACCUCCCGAACCCCAACACCAACGCUCCUUCAAGCAGCCCACGUACCCUCACCGAAUGACAAAAACCACCAUCGCUCGACAAGCCCUGGCUCGAGAGAAGAGACGAGCUUACGUUGAAGAGAGGAUUCAAAGCUACAUGAGAAAAUCUCAGUACGCCUCAGCCAACGCGUUGCACGAGUCUUACAUCAUGAACAAGAUUCGGAACGGUGGCCUUCUCCCAGACAUGGAUAGCGUCGCCGCCCACUACGGGGCCGAGGAUCUCACUGCCAUGCGAGAAAAAGGGCAAGGAAGACGAUUCACUAAACUGGACCCGGCAUCGAUGCAAUCCUUGCCAGAUAUAAAUUCCUAUCAUCACUACGCCACGAGUUAUGCGACCUCGUCGAGUCGACGGGUGCCCUUCUCUUAUCAUACCGACCCACUCCCACCACCACCACCGCAAACCCUCACCGCCAUUUCUAUCAUCAAACCCCCACCCCAAUACUACUCACCAAUUGAUAACUCUAACAACAACACCACCACCACCACCAAUGAUAACCAUCUGCCCGACCCCACGACUCGAUCUAACACGACUUCCUUCCAAUCAACGGCCGAGACUUCGCAAAAUAGUGGAAUUUACAUCGACUCCAAUCCCGAAUCGACGUCUAAUUUCUGGAAAAACGUGUCUGAACAGGGAUUCUACUACUCGUUCAGAGUGAGACAGUCCGGCACGGUGCAAAUGAUGGACAAGUCCGUGCAAACGGGGGAACAACCGCAGAGUUAUGUGCUAGACUUUUCCCGAAGACCGGAUGGGCGCUAUGUCCUUCAGAACAGUAGACCGGUGAAUUUGGGGAGUAAUAGCAAUCAUCAUCAUCAUCAUAUUAAUAACAAUCACGACACCACGACACAUUUACCUCCCAUUAACAAUCGAGACAAGAUUCUUAGAGAUAUCACGGAAACUGUCCAACUUCGUCAUGACCAGGAACUCAGGCGUGCAGAACUUAUACAAAGAGCGAACGAUCUUCAAUCACUGGUCAAGGAGAAGCGUGAAAAAAUUAAUCGGAGACAUGAAUUUUGGCAUAAAAAGUACAUCGAGGAGUCGUCCAUGACUCGCCCCCUCGAAGCAGCAUGUACCUCCCUCCGAGCCGAACUGAACACUGUGCACAGAAGACUAAUCGCCCAUUUGGAAGGACGAGAUCUCCCACUUCGGCUGAGGGACGGACCGUCCAAAAAGGCAAAUUAUAAAAUUAUGGCUGCCCGACUCCAACAUGAAAUCAAGGAACUACAACAGAAGGCAAAAUCGGCAAAGUUACGGCUGGAAUCAGAAGUUAAGCUCAAGGAACAAGCGGAACGAGAAGUGAGAGAUAUUCGCAACGACCUGGCGCACAAAAAGGUGGUCAUGUCCUUGGCCAGGUCACAAUUUCCUGCCGCUCUGGCACACCAUCCUCGCGCCUAUGAAUCCCUGGUGUAUUAACUAAACGAGAAUUAAUAAGAUCCGAUCAGUCAGUCGACAUAAAUAUGUAUGUAAAUGGUCCGGUCAGCUAGACGAAGAGACGACAGUGACCUCUUAGUGAUGAUUACUUCUUGUUAGAAUUUAAUCCAUUCUUUUCGUCAGUAGAAGAAAUUCGACUAUUUCAAAAUAAUAUCUAAAACACGACAUUUAGAGCAGAUCUACAUACAUAAUACAUAUUAUAUAUUGAGAAGAAAGUCAAAAAAUACUUGGAAACCAGGACGUUAUUUAGUUGUACCAAUUAUUUGUUAUUCUUCUAUUGGUUCGGUUGGUUUUUUAAAAAAAGACCAGCUUUGACAGAGAAAGAGAGAGGAAGAUGCAAGUUAGUAGAUUGUGAAUUCAGAUUGAGAGGUGUAUUUCUUAUUUGGGGAAGUAUUUUCUAAGAAAUGUUUAGUAUUUGAUGAUAGGCCAUUAAGAUACUAGAAUAAUUAGUCAAAUUAAUUACACAUCCUGACGGGAAUUAUAUAUAUACAUAUAUGAUAACGAUGUGAUGUAAUAUAAAAAUUAUGUGACACGCAGAAAAACUUUUGCUUUUUAGGAAACUUACUAUUUUUAGUAGACGAGAUCAAAUACUAAUUUGGGGUGCUUCAGGUAUUGAUAAUCCUCAGCAGUCAAAUCCGUUACUUUUCGGUUAAUCUUUGAAGACGAUAGCAUCGAUUUUCUGAAAAUAGAUGAAUUUAUAAAUUUGUUAGAAAGCAGGAUCUUAAAUUACAGUAAUUAAUUAUUUUCAUUAAUUAACUCCAAAAGAUUCUCUAACAGUUCAAUUUAGGAUUGAAUUAUUUAUAGCGAAAAAAAGUCACCAAUUUCUCUAUUUUGAUAGCAUCCUAAAUUUAGUAGGACAGCCUAAAGUUUUGAAAUACCUCUUAAAAAAUCACACGCAUGCACACAUAUCUUAUCAUAUAUUUUACCUGCACCACUUUACAUAUAUUACUAAAAAAAUCACUCAAACUUAUAUUUAUAGUGAAAAGAAAUUACUCUCGUAAAAAAAGUUUGUAUGAUGCUAGUUGAGUGAGAUGAUUGUAAAAUUAGUACCUAUUAAUAUCUGGUUAUUGUGGGUUUAGUUCGACAAAUUGUGUAGAUUUGAUGUAAACGCAAACCUACAUCAGUUACCUGAAGAAUGCUGGAAAGAAAUCGUGACAAGAAUGGAUGGAUAAUUAACGACGUCGGGACACCGGAAGAAUGAAGAUAUCUAAUCUUAUACCAAGCAAAUAUAUAGAAAAAAACUACACUACUAAUUAUUCUAUGCCUUAAUAUCAUCUUAUCCAUCCAAUCCUAUAUAGUCACCUGUAACUAAAUAUACUCGAUAAUUAAAGGCUUACUUACAAUUAAUAGUUUAUCUUCCGCCGGAAAAUUACUAAUUUCCCUACCUACCUCCUCCUACCUCCCUCCUCCCUCAUUCAUUGUAAUGUAUUGAUUUGAUGCAAAUUUUGGGAAAUAAAUCUUAAACGUUUGGUUGUGAGAGAGGGUUCACUCUACCAAAAAAAUA